AUGUCUCGUGCCGAAGGUCUUAUCAAUAGAGUACCGUCUCUCGAGUUUAUUGGAAACAAACAGGACAUGAACCAGGAGUUUGCCCCACCAGACUCGUGUGUCGUGGUCGAAGACAAAAUUGACGAAGGAUCAGGAGGUGCCAUCUUCAAAUGUCGCUUCAAGUCGGAUAACACUCAACUUUGUGUUUUGAAGAGACUCAAGAAAAAACCCCAAGAGUCGCCAGAAACGUACUUGUUCAACUCUUUGAACGAAUACUCCACUUUGAAAAGACUUCAGCCCCACCCGUUUUUGGUGGAGACAUACCAUUUCUUUGCCGAAAUCCACAGUAACGAACUCUGCUAUUCUGUUUUGCUCUCCUUUUGCAAAAACGGCGACCUGCUCUCGGUGCUUUCCAAAGCUCGCAAAAACAGCGUCCCCAUUUCGUUCCAACACAAAGACUUCUUCUUUCUCAAGUGUCUCCAGGUAGUCAAAUACCUGCACUCCAAAAACAUCGUCCACAGAGACUUGAAACCUGAAAACUUCCUGAUCGACGCAAACGGAGAACUCAAACUCACAGAUUUCGGUAAUGCAAUCGAUCUCGACCGUGUAGAUGGCUACACCUUCACACCAGAAUACCUCUCCUUGGGAACAACCUCAUUCAAAUCGCCAGAAUUGUACCAAUACAAACACAGCCCGGAAAACAGCAUAGACAUCUCCAAAAUCAACUUCAAAGCCAUAGAUGUCUGGUCGCUAGCAAUCCUCUACUUCAACAUUGCCAUUCUGCAAAAACCCUGGACAGAAGCUUCUUCAAGAGAUUUUGAGUUCAAAAAAUAUAAAAAUAAGUAUGAAGCAUUGUCUUUCGACCAACUCGAUAGCUACCAGUUGAACAGAAACUUGGACGCUCCAUUUUCAAAACUCCCAGAACAAAGCCGUCAGACAAUCGUGAAAAUGCUCCAUCCAGACGCAGACAAGAGAGUGACCUUGGCAGACGUGCUUCGAGGAGACUGGAUGAUCCAAACUAAUAUCGCCUAUCAGAAUUAUGCCAAGAAAUCCUUAUUGAAAGGACGCGACGACGAAAUCUUGCGGAUCAUCAACAUAUGA